UAACAAGAUUGGACUUGAAAGAAAGAACUCUCGCUUUAUUGCUGGGAGAAGAAAAUGGCAGCAGCAAGCACAAUCUUCAGCUUCAAAAUCGCACCAAAUCCAAGUCCAGUUUCAUCCUUUAAAGAGAAAACCAUGACAAUGAAUCCAUCUCUUUCAUGGGAUAGUGCUAAAACUAAGGUUAGAAGAAGCCGUCUCCCUUACUUCACCUUAAACUAUAUUGAAAGACAAAGACUUGAGAACAGUUGCAGCUGUUGCUCAGUCUUGGCUUGUCUCCCUUCUUCAGCUUCUUCUCCUUCCUCUUUUGGUGUCAACUUCAGAAAAACCAAGCUUUAUGUUAGUGGGUUAUCCUUUCGUACUACUGAAGAGAGUUUGCGAAAUGCUUUCCAGAAUUUUGGCCAACUUGUAGAUGUCAAUUUGGUAAUGGAUAAAGUAGCUAAAAGACCGAGAGGCUUUGCCUUCCUUCGUUACGAGACUGAGGAGGAAGCUCAAAAGGCUAUUGAGGGAAUGCAUGGCAAGGUUAUUCUUAUGCCAUCCUUCACUAGUUAGCGAGUGCUUGUUAUUAUUAGUUUAGAAAUAUUUAUGGUAAAUUCACAUUUAACAGGCAAAGUGUUUUGCCAUUUGGUUUUUCAACACGGUGUUGCCAGUUAAACUAGUGGUGCUUGCAGAAUAUUAACAUAAAAGUAUCCAUGCUUUUUCACAAUGAUUUGAAAAUGAACGACCUGAUCUCUAAUAUCUUGGCUGAGUUAAUUAUGUGAGUUUACGUAAAGAUUUCAAGCUUUGUUGAAACCUCAAUGAUGCGGUUGGUCUAAAUGAUUCCCUUCACAAUCAUGACAUAAGAACAAGAAAAAAAACACUGAUGAAGUGGGUGAAUUUUGGGAUUUUGUUAGAUUUUUUUUCCCUACCACCUCAUGAAUUAAUGAAGUGAAUGCAAGGCAUGUGAAAAUUUGAUGAUUUUGUUAAUUCUUUUCAACAGAGACUAGAUGAGAGGGUAACAUUGAUGAUAUUUAGUGAUAUUGAUUCCCAGAAUUGAUAAAUGGUAGCAUUGUGAGCUAAUAGGUGAGCUGUAUUUUUGUAGUUAACCCCAGAAUCUAUAUUGAUGAGCCAGAAAGUUGUAGGGUCUCAACUUGUUGUCUGGACCUAAUUUACCCCUCCAUAGGCCUAUAUUCCAAAAUGCUUGGAUUUCCUUGUAAUUUUUAUCAUAUUUUUCAUUUGUUCUUCUUUAACAAAUG